AGUGAAGUGGAUCACGUGCUCCGGAACUGCUCACGGACAAGUCACAUUGGGUAAUAUUCCUUUCAACUAUCUGUGGCGUUUCAUUGUUUUCUUAUGUAGUGAUCUAAUAAGGGUUGAAGUUCAGUUGGGUUAAGCAGGCCUCAUUGUUUCUCAACGCUGAAAUUAAAAAAUGGAAACGCAAAACGUGUUGGAGAUGUAAGACCGCAACUUAGUGGUCUCCCUCUUUCUGUGAAGGAUGUUGAUAGCGGCACAGCUGUUGUGCGGGAGCCGUUGGAGUCUCGCAGUGCUCCGGAAUUUGAGUUCGGCGUGUGCUGGCUCAUCGUGCUUGAACCUGGUGUCCCGCAUGGGCUCUGCGGGUGACCAGCAGGAGGCCUUUAGCUGGGAGCCAGCUCGAGCGCAACGCAGGAGCUGGAGCAGCGGAUCCGUGUUGGCAGGACAACAGCUGCUGUUGUCCGAAACCCUGUGCGAGUGGGAGAAGCAGCUGCUUGACCGGCUGAUCGACGGACUGCUGGGUGGGCAGAGAUCAUGCCUGGCGGAGGCGAUCACCCUAGUGGAGUCGUCUCACAAACACAAGAAGUGUUUGGCUCGGUUACUACUGCAGAGAAUACUAGCGUGUCAAAAGGAGCGUGAGCGUCCGAAUGGAGGGAAGCCGCUGUCCUUCAGAGUGGGGCUGUCUGGUCCACCUGGUGCUGGAAAAUCAACAUUUAUUGAAAAAUUUGGCAAGAUGCUGACAGGGAAGGGUCAUAAAGUUGCUGUUCUAGCUGUUGAUCCAUCUUCAAGAACCUCUGGUGGGUCACUCUUGGGUGACAAAACACGGAUGACUGAACUUUCAAGGGAUAUGAAUGCGUUUAUCCGCCCAUCACCAACUUCGGGUAUGUUGGGAGGAGUGACCAGAACCACAAAUGAAACAAUUAUUUUAUGUGAAGGGGCAGGAUAUGAUCUAGUUCUCGUAGAGACUGUGGGUGUGGGCCAGUCUGAAUUUGCAGUAGCAGACAUGGUGGAUAUGCUGAUAUUAUUAAUUCCACCCGUAGGAGGAGAUGAAUUGCAGGGUAUUAAACGUGGUAUAAUAGAGAUGGCAGAUUUAGUUGUUAUAACGAAAGCUGAUGGAGACCUCGUUGUUCCAGCUAGAAGGAUGCAAGCUGAAUACACAAGUGCGCUGAAGUUGCUUCGUAAUCAGUCGAAGAACUGGAAGACAAAGGUGACACGUGUGUCUUCAAAAACUGGGGAAGGGAUUCCAGAACUCUGGGAGAAAAUAGAAAAAUUCAAGGCCGCAUUACUAGAAAGUGGUGAGUUGCAAAUAAAAAGACAAAAGCAACAAAAAGUAUGGAUGUGGAGUCUGAUUAAAGAAAAUGUUACAGAAUACUUCUGCAACCAUCCAGCUGUCAGAAAUCAGAUUCCAAGUAUAGAAGACAUGGUAGUCAGUGGCGAUCUAACUCCUGGUUUGGCAGCAGACAUCCUUCUGAAGGCAUUUUCAACAAAGGAAUAAAUACCUUACACUCAAUUGAUUCACAUUGGGAAUCUGUUAUGAAUCAUGAAUUUUGAAGUGAGCAUAAUGUUUUCGCAGACAAAUGUUAAUAAGUCACAUGUUUUAAAGGACCAUUCCUUGCUGGCUCAAUGGGAUCUCCGUAUGGAAGCUCUUUAAUGAAGAUUCUAACACUUAGUUUAUUCAGGCAUAAAAUCAUAAUAUGUUUAUACAGAUUAUUUCCUGGAUGAGCGUAGCAAUGUGGACCAUUUUAAUUUUGUGAAGCUGACUGUGGUAACCAAUCAUUUUGCCGCAUGGACUAAAUGGUCAGUUUUUGUCAAAUAAAAAUUGUAUG